AUGUCCAAUCUAGAAGCCGCUGGUGUCUACGAAAGAGUAGUAGAAAACGUUAUCAAUGAAGUGAGAGAAGACUUUGAAAGUGCUGGUAUUGAUGAACAAACGCUACAAGAUUUGAAAGCAGUAUGGCAAGCUAAAUUGUCCGACAGUCGAGCAGCUAGAUUCAUGUGGGACCCCGAGGAAGCCGGUGGAUUGAAUGGACAGUUACAGCACUCUGCUAGUAUAUCGCAAUCGGUAAUGGAUCCUCAUGGGCUUUCACUACCGACACUUUCGCCAGAAGACGUCAAAACGGAUCUUUCACAGCAGCACACGGGCCCUAUGACGCAGACGAAACACGAAGAGGGCGACGAGAAACAAGAAAUAGAAUUGACCACGGAAGAUCCUGACGGUCAAAUUGCAGAACAAUUGAAAUUACAAGCGAAACAAGCGAAAAAAAGUGCACUGUUGGAGACAGACGAGAUUAAUUCUGAUUUAGAUGACUCGGAGGAUGAUUAUUUGAAUUCGUCAGGCGAAGAAGAAGGUCAAGAUGAGAAUAUAGUGUUGUGCUUGUAUGAGAAAGUAUUGCGUGUUAAAAACAAAUGGAAAUGUAAUUUGAAAGAUGGGCUUGCCACCAUCAAUCAUAAAGAUUAUGCAUUUCAAAAAGCACAAGGUGAGACUGAAUGGUGA